AAAUAACUCAGGGAAUAAAUCAUGGAGAGCGAAGAAGAAGAGAAGGGCAGACUGAUGCCAGUCUCAAUAGAAGAUAAACAUGAAGGGUUGGCGGAAAGGGAUGAGAAAGGAGAGGUUUCACCUAAAAUUUGGGUCCCUUUGUCUUUGGUUAUAGCUUUUUUCUAUGCAAUCGGGAAUGUCUUGAUCAGUUCUAUCUCAACCUACAGGUUCAAAGCCAUUGCCCUAAUGUCCAUUGGUCGAGCCAUUGGAAACCUAAUCCCGCUCUUCAUAAUCUCUUUUUCCCCAACACCCUCCACUAGUAGUCCCCCUAGUUUCUCUAAUAGCCGAGUCGGGCUCAAAUGGUUCUACGAUAUCUUUUACUAUAGUGCUGGUGAACGAAGAAAUGAGGUGCAGUGGGGAAGAGUGGGGGUUGGGGUGGUUAUGUGGGUGCUUGGAACAAUAUAUCCGUUUUUCUUUGUUAUUAGUUAUAGCUUUGCAGGCCUUGCAAAUCUGAACACAGGGGUCUUGAUGUCCAUAUACGCGAUGAAGCCUGUUUUGUCCUCGAUCAUGUUCUACUUCAUAUUUAAUCAGACUCUCAAGGCAUAUGAAUUGGUAGCUAUUGUGUUCUGUAUGGCUGGAGCACUUGUUAUUGGAAUAUCAAGUGGAGAAGAAGAUGUUGAGAAUGGAGGAGUAGCCGCAAGUAAUUAUGUGGUAAUCGCAUGUUGUUUGCUAUUAAUAUCUUUGUUUUUGCUAUGAAUCAGAGCUGUGAUACUGAAGUACUAUUUUGGAACUGCAAAAGAAGUCAAUGUGUCAGCUUUAUUUAAUUUUAUAUGUUUCAUUUCAGACUUAUCUAUGAUAGCUUGGUUUAUUGUUUUGAUUAUCCAAGAAUUUGACUUCACACUUUAUGACUUUGCUUAUGCAACAGUCUCAUCAAUAAUUUUCAGUUUGUGUGGAUACUUAAUUGCAUAUGUAAACGUAAGAGGCAAAGCAGGAGUAGCAGACGCUCUGAUCGAAACAGCACUAAUCUACCAAACAAUCUUAGAAAUUAUAGUAUUCUCAAGAUACCCAAACACACUCCAAUACACAGGACUCUUCCUAGGCAUAAGUGCAACCUUCUUCCUCCUCCUCUGCAACCACUAUUGCCAACCCUAACCCCAUCCCUCCAUUUCCAUACCACCACUAAAUUCAAUCUCA